GAAACAAAGGAAAGCAAAGCAGCAGCAUUCUCUCUCUCCCACACACACUUCAUAGUUCAUACUAUAAAAUCCCACUAUUCUGUUUCUUUUCGAGCCACACUCUCUCUUUCCAAUUCCAAUAGACACGGACACGCGUUUGCUGAGUGAGCAAGCAAAGAAGAAGAAGCAGCAGCAGCAGCAUGGGAGCUUGCUGCAACGGCGACGUUUCGUCGUUGCCUCACUCAUACGACGCCGUUUCCGCCCGCGAUCUCAGGCCCUCCAAGCAUGUCCACGACAAUCUCCAUGGCAACAUUUACCUUGACAACCUCAGUUUGAAGUUCAUUGACACUGAGCAGUUUCAGAGGCUUCGCGAAUUGAAACAACUCGGUUUGGCAAAUAUGGUCUAUCCAGGUGCUGUCCAUUCUAGAUUUGAGCAUUCUCUUGGCGUGUAUUGGCUUGCUGGUCAAUCCAUUGAAAUGCUUAAAAAUUUUCAAGGCUUGGAACUUGGUAUUAAUAGAUUUGAUAUGCAAACAGUUAAACUAGCAGGACUUCUGCAUGAUAUUGGGCAUGGGCCUUUCAGUCACUUAUUUGAACGUGAAUUUCUUCCCAAAGUUACUAAUGGUUCUCACUGGUCACAUGAACAAAUGUCAGUCAAUAUGGUAGAUUAUAUUGUUAAUGAACAUCACAUUGAUGUUGAUCCUGAGAUGAUAAAAAGAGUCAAGGAGAUGAUACUAGCAAGCUCUGAAUUUACUCUUCCCCGAAGCUCAACUGAGAAAGGUUUCUUGUAUGAUAUUGUUGCAAAUGGUCGAAAUGGAAUUGAUGUUGACAAAUUUGAUUAUAUUGCCCGUGAUUGUCGAGCUUGUGGUCUGGGUUGCAACUUUGAAUUUCAGAGAUUAUUGGAGACCAUGCGGGUUUUGGAUGAUGAGAUUUGCUAUCGUGCAAAGGAAUAUUUGAGCAUCCAUAAGUUAUUUUCCACUCGAGCUGAUCUGUACAGAACAGUUUAUACUCAUCCAAAAGUAAAGGCAAUAGAACUUAUGGUGGUUGAUGCACUUGUUCAAGCAAAUGAUUAUUUGGAGAUCUCAUCUCACAUUCUAAAUCCUUCUGAGUACUGGAAGCUGGAUGACACAAUAAUUAAAACAAUUGAGACAGCACCUAGUCAGGAACUAAAGGAAUCUAGAGAGUUGAUCCUGCGCAUUCGAAGAAGGAAUCUGUACCAGUUCUGUAAUGAGUAUGCUGUACCAAAGGAUAUGGUGGAAAACUUUAAGGUGGUCACUGCCCAAGAUAUUGUUUGUUCCCAGAAGAGUGGCGGAGGUACACUCAGAGAGGAGGACGUCGCUGUUUCUAAUGUAAAAAUUGAUUUAACUCGUGGGAAACAUAAUCCUCUUGAAAGCAUUAACUUCUUCAAGGAUUAUGAUAGUGAUGAGAAAUUUACAAUUUCCAAUGACCGCGUAAGCCACCUGCUGCCAACAACUUAUCAAGAUAUGAUAGUUCGGGUGUACGCCAAAAAGCCAGAAUUGGUUGAAGCUAUUUCAGAUGCUUUUGAAAACUUUCAGUUAAAAACAUAUGGGAUCAAAGCACAAGUACACUCAACACCAGAGAAGAAGAAACGUCGAUACACUGCAUGUAUAUGAGGUCUAUCCACUUUUUUGGCCUUUCAUUUUCCCCCUUUAUUUUUGUGAGUAAACUGCUGCUUCUCUUCCUUAUUUAAGUUUACAAGUACUUACAUUUUUCCACAAUCAAAAUAUAGCUGAGUCAAUAGGGUCACUGUAUUGUUUGAAAGAUGAUUUUUAAUGUUAUUUUCAUACAAGAAACGUGUGCUACACUCUGGAGACUCUAAUUGAGUUUACAAAUUAAAGUGUUAAUUAAUGUAUAGCAGGAAAUUUCUUCAAUGGUUUUUAGUGUAACAAUUUUCUUUAGCUGUGAAUGUCAGUGGGAGCAAUCUUUUCUUGUGUUUGUUAGUUGGCAGUUGCAACUUGCAAAUGUUACCAACCUUUGUUCCUGAAAAUGGCUCCAAUUUUAAUGAGUGAGAAUGACCAAAAAAUAUCUGAUGACCAAUGCAGAUAUGCAUCACUACCAGCUUAGGUGCUAAGACUAAUUUACAAUUAUGUCUAGUUGACAAACUUUCCUGUGAUGCUAUUACUAGGGUUUAAGUGUCAGAUUUAUUUCCUUAGCCAAUCACGUCAUUUCAAUUCACAAAACAAAAUUAUGAAUUUGAUUCUAAUGCACUUAAUAGGUCAGUUUUUUUGUUUCAUUCAUUUAGUUUUAUACAUAGAGUAAAUUAUACUAAUCGCUAACACCUCUUUAUUUGUAUUUAAUAAAAUUUGAACACUAAUUGUUCCUAUAAACAUGACAUGAUCCCCCAUCUUCUAGAGAGCUUAGUGUAUGCAUGAGAAAACAAAGGGCACUGUAUAGAAUAUAACCUAUUAUAGGAUAGAAUUUUGCGUAAUUCAUCCUAUAUUUUAUAUUAGAAAAAGUGUUUCACCUUUAUCUCUGAGUGAGUGCAUUGACAGUUUAAAACAUUUUACACAGUUGUCUAAUCACAUUCAUUUUUUUGAGUGACCAUUCACUCAAUGUAAAAGGUAGUUAUUUUUGUUGAUGUGGCGUUAUAUAAUUAGAUGCAUGUGUAAAACUGUUCUACAUUGACAGUGCACUAAAAUUAGAUUCUUAUCUCUAUUAUCUCAUAUAGUAUAGUAUAAUAAAAUAUAAUAUUACAUGACAUUACAAAAAAAAUUUUCAUUGUAUUGCAUUGCAUCGUUGACUUGUUAAGGCAGAUAAUCCAAUUGCAUGUGCGUCCUGUGACCGUGAAAAUUGUGGUGCUGAAGCUAGACCACAAUGCAUAUCUUACCAUAUUUGAUGUCUGCAUACAUCACAUAUGAUCUUACGUGAAUUUUUUUUGUUUUAAUUAUACGAAGGUUACUUUUUCCUCCAUCACUCUUCUGGAGGCGCCAUUGUGUGUUUUGUUGUGAAGGGUUUUUUUGCUAGUGUUU